AUUUAUUUAUUAUUAUUAUUAGUAGUAGUAGUAGUAGUAUUUUUGGUGGAUUCAUUAUCUUCAGAUCUCCUGUGAUAACACAAGCAUUUUUACUGCACUGUGUGCUUACUUUAUUACUGCCCUCCCUCAGAAACAUGUGUGAUAUUGUGCAGCAGCAUUAUAUUCCUAACUGACCGAAGGAGGCUGAGAGCUGCAGGGCUAUGGGGAGGCAGCGCGGCCGCAGGACGACGCAAACUGUGUCACUUCACCAGAAAACGGCGGAGGACCGGACCCUCCGUACGCUUCCCUCCACGUGUCUCCAUUGUCUGCCUUCUCCCUUCUUUUCUCAGCGCACGAAAGGAGGGAGGGGUGGAAAAGAGGGGGAGACUGGCUCUGCUGCACUCUCUCUCUUCCUUGUGUGUGUGUGUGUGUGUGUGCGUGCGUGCGAGUUUGUGUGUGUGUGUGUGUGGAGGCACAGACGGUUCAGUUGUAAUUCGAUGUGUGUCCCCAGGGACAUUUGAUGGAUUAAAGCUAAGCAGCUCCAUUUCGAAGGACCACCUGAUCUCACUGCUUGUGCCCCAUAUAAAAGCAGGCGUGAUUGCUGAUCUCAGCUAGUCUGACAGUCACUCUCUCUCUCCUCUCUCUCUCUCUCUUUCUCUCUCUCCCUCUCUGUCUCUGUACUCUCUCCCUUUUACUUCUCUCUGUCCAUUUUGCUGGCUUGCAUCAGAAGAGCUAUCCAGUACUGAACAAUUUUUUUUAAGCUGCUAAAAGGAAUCGCAGCACGCAGCAUCCUCUUUCACUGAUUUUCCUUUCUUCAUCUUUAUUUUUUUUCUUCUAUUUUUUUAUUUUUUUUUGGACGGGUGUCUUGAAGUAACUCACGGAUUACCAUCAAUUUUUUUUUGUUUGCUGUUACAGUUUUUCUCUUUUUGCGUGUUCGGUUUUCUGCUGCUUUUUUUCAUGCUCUUUCCUUGGGCUCGCCUUGCCGGACAGUGAAACAUGCCCCGUUCGUUUUUGGUGAAGCAGAUUAAGCUGGAUGAUUUCUCGUCGUCUGCAGUGUCCUCUAGUCACCACCACCACCACCUGGAUGAAUCCUACACUUUCGCACGCUCCAUCACAGAGUCUGUGGCCAGCCUGGGGGUCCAUCUCAGUGAAAAUGGCUACAUUAAGGACUACAUCACGCCGUCAGUGUACCGGAGCGAGAGACGGGUGGGGCUGAAGAAGUACUCCCAGACCAGCAGCGGGGGGGAGGAGUACUCCGACCCCGACAUGGAGCACCCCGACCUGGAGCACCCCGACAGCCCCCAGUCGGGCGUGACGGGCAGCGGCUGCUUCUCGGCCGAGGCCGAGGCCGAGGCGCUCAGCGAGGGCUACACCAUGGACGCCUUCUUCAUCUCCGACGGGCGCUCCCGCCGGAAGGGCCGGGCCACAGAGGACCGCGGGCGGGGCGAAGCCGCCGAGGCGGAGGCGGAGGCGGCGGAGGCAGGGGAGGCGGAGACGGAGUCCGGGGGCGGGGCCACGGCCCGGCACGCCUGCGGCGAGUGCGGCAAGACCUACGCCACCUCCUCCAACCUCAGCCGGCACAAGCAGACGCACCGCGCCCUGGACGGCAAGAUGGCGCGCAAGUGCCCCACCUGCGGCAAGACCUACGUGUCCAUGCCGGCGCUGGCCAUGCACGUGCUCACGCACGACCUCAAGCACAAGUGCGGCGUGUGCAGCAAGGCCUUCAGCCGGCCCUGGCUGCUGCAGGGCCACAUGCGCUCGCACACGGGCGAGAAGCCCUUCGCCUGCGCCCACUGCGGCAAGGCCUUCGCCGACCGCUCCAACCUGCGCGCCCACAUGCAGACGCACUCCGCCUUCAAGCACUACCGCUGCAAGCGCUGCGACAAGACCUUCGCCCUCAAGUCCUACCUGAACAAGCACUACGAGUCGGCCUGCUUCAAGGGCUCCGCCGACGAGGACGACUCCGGCUCCGAGAACUGAUCCGGGCCCACGCGGGGUGGGGAGGCUUUCCCGACGCACCUCUCCGUCCCUCCCUACGCCCUUUUCUGCUUCCCUCUUUUUUUAGAAAGCAAUAUUUUUCAAGUAAAACAGUAAUAACGAAAGACGGUGACGACAAACGAUGCUGGAUUUCUUUUUGAACGAUCGCUUUAGACGUGCACACAUGCACACAUACGCGCGCACUUGAGGAGAAGGAGGCUUGGCAUGUGAAUUCGUUUUUAUCGACGGCUGAGACUUUGUCAACGACAGCAGUCGUCUUCCUAGUCCUGAUAUUUUAUAGCAAAUAAUG